GGGAGCAUACGCCGGAAGCGCGUUUCGCCUCGGCCGGGCGUCGGGAGGGAGUCGCACGCGAUGGGCCGCAGCCGCUCCCGGUCGCCUCCGCGGAGGGAACGUCGGCGUUCCAGAUCCACUUCACGUGAAAGAGAGAGGAGGAGACGGGAGCGAUCAAGAUCUCGAGAGAGAGACAGAAGGAGAAGUCGUUCUCGUUCUCCACACAGACGAAGAUCCAGAUCUCCUCGGCGGCAUAGAUCCAAUUCUGCUUCUCCUUCCCGGCAGAAAGAAAGAAGAGAGGAUGAGAAGAAGGACAGCAAAGACAAAGAGCGUCAAAUCACAGAAGAAGACCUGGAAGGCAAAACAGAAGAAGAAAUUGAAAUGAUGAAAACGAUGGGAUUUGGCUCAUUUGACACCACAAAGGGCAAGAAAGUGGACGGGUCAGUAAAUGCUUAUGCUGUAAACGUGUCACAGAAACGGAAAUACAGGCAGUACAUGAACAGAAAAGGUGGAUUCAACAGGCCCCUGGACUUUAUCGCCUGAUGUGUCUGCUGCUGUUACCGAUAACAAUUUCCACUGAAGUCUCAUCUGUCUGGCUAAGAGGUUCUGUCUUCUCACCCCAAAAGGGUUAGGGUUGUUUUUGUGAAUAAUUCCUUGAAGUUACAUUUCCUAGGCUGAGAUGGUAUUUUUUUUCCUCUCAAAUGUAUCUUUUGCACAGUGGUUUUCAUGAUGUUGCUAUUCCACAUUUGUAGGUUUCCUCUUUUAAAUAUUGUCAGUUAAAUUAAAAAAGAAACUUCUUGUC